AUGGAUCCCUCUUGCAGCAUUUGUGCUGGUAGUUCAGAGAUAGUUCUUCAUAUCCUAAGAGAGUGCCCACAACCUAAGGAGGCCUGCCUUGGAAUACAAUUUUUGGUUUUACUUUUUGGUAUAUUUGGAAGUGGAGAAAUCAUUGUGUUUUUAAUAGUGAGGAGGCUCUACCUUAUUGCCCCAAAAAUACUAUAUUUGGAAGCUGCUAAGGAGUGGUUAUUGCAUGUUUAUGUGUCUCAACCUCAAAAACUGAACGUGUUGGUUUCUCUUGUUUGGGUUCCACUUGAUGUGAGAUGGUUCAAACUGAAUGUGGAUGGUUCUCGAAGAUUUUCUUGUGGCACUAUUGGGACUGGAGGGGUACUUCGUAACUGUAACGAGGAUUGGGUUGAAGGCUUUACUGCUAAUUUGGGUCAAGGGUAG